AUGAGGGGUAACGCUCAAGUGAACGCCGAGCUGGAGGCUGAACUCCCCUUAUCUUUCCGCCGUCCAUGGCCUGGUCCAACCUGCCCCGACUUCUAUCGCGAGUAUUUUGCUCAAUUUAAGUACAUCGAGAAGGUAUUUGCACCAGGAGCAUCUGCCAGUGGUCUACAGGCUGAUUUUACCAAUCCCGUUAAGAGCGGCAUGUUGCUGAAAAAAUUGCGCGACCUGUCACAAUUUUCGCCACGCCUCUUCGAAAUUAACGGCACCACCAAUUCUCUCAAGUACUUUGUCAAGACUACAGACCCCGACCCGAAGGAGAGCAUUGAUCUGGAGCGUUGUAAUAUGACAUUUAUCGAUCCAGACCAGUUCGGUUUACCACCACACACUGCUCUGGUGCAAUUUUUGCAGGAUAAUUCUACGCGCCACAUUUUUCUGCGUUCGGACGACAGUCGUGAGAUCUCAAACUGGUACAAUACUUUACGUCUCUGCAAGUAUCAGCGCUUGCGUUUGCACCUCUCAGGUUCUGGCUGCAACACAUCACCAAUGGAGAUAGUUCCUCUCCUGACUUUUGACCUAGACAAGGUGGGUUGGAUUUUAAAGGGAGGACCGGACUCCAGCUACACCUUCCGAAGGCGUUGGCUAAUGCUCACGCACCGGCGACGCCUGCUUUACGCAAACGAUCCUCAAUCGGCCUUCUCUAAGGGUGAGAUAUUCAUUGGUUCAGAAGAGGAGGGAUUCAGUGUGAUGGAGAAGGCUCCGGACGAUUGGAAGAAGUGCCCAACGGAGUUUCCUUUCACAGUCUGCACACCAAACAGGUCUUUCGUCUUUUGCGCCAACUCCGAGGCUGAUCGAAGUGAGUGGGUCGCCCUACUGUCGGCCCUAGUCAAGAGGCCCGCAACCUUCUUAGAUGAGAAGGAAGCGGCCUCAGUGUUCAGUCGAAGGAAGUAA